CGCAAAUGUUAAAGCAGCGGCGUUGACAGACGGCGGGAGGAGACUGGAGAGAGACAGAGGGAGGCCACAAACACACAAACAUGCCUGUCCUGAGACUGAACCCUGAGGCAGAGAGUGGCACAUGGAUACACUGCUGAAAAACCUGGCCAGCUCAGUGGAGCUGCUGGCGGUGGUGGCACAGAGUGAUGCGGUGGAGCAGUGGGAUGAACAAACUCUGACCAGAGCUUUUCAAUGGGCCCGGUACUGCGAACAUCUCUUCUCCAGGUUUGACAAUAACCCUGUGAUAAGAGGGAUGAUGGAGAAACAGCUGCAGCUCACAAAUGAAAAUCUGCUAUCUGCCCUCUCUGGAUACACUGAGUUGUCCUUCUCUGACCUUUCCCAGUGCCAGCACCUGCUGCUCUCUGGGCUUUUGAACAACCCUAAACUGCCCGGCUCCCUCAUGAAGACACUAUUUGACUGCAAGAGUCCUGCGGACACCAAGCACAGUGACGACCUGGAGGUGACUGGCCUUUGCAGUCGGAUCAUUCAGUCUAAAUCAGCAUGCAAAAUCCUACGUCCUCUCACAGACUCCUCAGCUGUUGGUGCUGAUGCAGAGGUGCAGGGAGUGGGUCUGAUCGAGAGGCUGGGCGCUUUGAUGAGCCAAGGCAGUAACAUGUGCAGGACAGAGCAUUUUUUAGACCGUGUACUCCAAGGAUGUGAAGAAUCACCACAACAUUUUUGUGGAGUCAUCGCUGUAGCUCUGCUGACAAGGACAAACUCAGCUCCCCAGGAUAUUCUCGUAGACUGGCUGCUGAAAAAACACAGCAUUCUGAAACUCAUGGUCACAGCACUGCCUCCUGCAGUUAUUACGGACCUGGCCAAAAAAUAUCUGAAGUUUAGAGAUGCAUACUGUGAUGUACUGAAAGAGUGGGUUUCUGGUAUGGAGUACAGCCUCAGUGAGGGUGAAUGGCUUCAGACCUGUGCAAACCCCAUGGUGUCCUAUCAGAAACUGACUGAGCACUUUCUGGCCUUGUUUGAGGCUUGUCCUUCUCUGAGGGAUGAUGUGGAAAAACAGUUUGAUGCUCUGAAGGUCUCUGAUGGAGACUUUGAUGUCAGAGGUUUGAGUGUGUGGGGAGAUCUUCUAUCAGCAUUAAACAAGUGACUGUCAAAAGCUUUUUUUAUAGACCUAUAAUGUGUUUAUUUGUAUAUUGAUGCAUUGUUUGUAGAGGUGUGCAUAUUAAACCUAAGUGUGUCCAUCAAA